AUGGAGGCCAACUGCUGGCCGGUGGGUGAAGGCACACAUGCCACCAAGUCAUCAGCUGUGCCUGUCAUCAUAACAGCCAGGCACAGCCCUGACACCGCCUCACCCACAUGCACUUCAUACACCGAGGCAGAUUUGGUCCGCGGCGGGUUCCAGCCGCGCCUUCCGACUUCGCUGCCGCCCCCAGGGCAGCAGCAGCAGCAGCCGUCGCCGCUACCACGCCGACAGCCCGUCCCGUUGAUGCCUCCCGCGCAGCUUCAUCCGGGAGCGCCCCAGGUGGUCGCUCCGGCGCCUGCAGUCCCUCUUCAGUCGCCACCGCCUUCGGAGCUGAUGGACGUCGACCCCUCAGCCAGGCCGCCUUCCCAAGCGGUGGCUGUGCAGCCUGUCCUGCAGCCGCUUUCCUUGGGCACCCCCAAGGAGUCUGACACCGCAGCGCCUUGUCCGGCGCCCACUCAGCAGCCGUCGACGCAGCGUCAGGAGACGCUGCCUCUCUUCGUGGGUCCCGACGCCCCGUCGCGUCCAGUACCAGAAGCUGCGCCCGUGGUCACAGGUAGUGGUGGGAAGCCAUCAUAG